UGACGGAAAUUGCACAUCCGGUUCAACAACGUUCUCAUGUCAGUGUACAGAUGGUUACACAGGCAAAACGUGUGAAGACACCGAUUACUGUGCCUCUUCUCCAUGUCAAAAUGGCAGAAAAUGUACAUCCCAUCCAACAACAUUCAUAUGUCAGUGUACGGAUGGCUUUGUCGGAUACAGGUGUGACGUGAAAAGUUGCAUGGAGAUAUUACAAAGUAACGCAAGCUUGAAAGGACAAGAUGGGAUAUAUCAGAUAAGUGUAGGUGGACACAAAAGGAAGGUGUACUGCGACAUGACAACUGACAGUGGAGGGUGGACGGCCAUCCAAAUGAGACAGAAUGGUUCUACGGAAUUUAAUCAAACUUGGAAUAGUUACAAAAAUGGAUUUGGAGAACCACCCAAUGACUACUGGAUUGGAAAUGAUGUAAUCCACAUUCUGACGAACACAAGUAAUCAUGAAUUUCGGGUGGAUAUUUCGAAACGUAAUGACAGUAACGUGCAUGUCUUGUAUUCCAUAUUUCACAUCGGAGAUGAAACCAGUAAAUACAAAAUUACUGUGUCGGGAUAUACAGGAACAGCUAGAAAUCGUCUGGUAAACAAUACUGGUAUGCUAUUCUCUACAUACGAUCAAGACAAUGAUAUCAACCACGGUAAAAGCUGUGCGUCAGAAAAUGGUGGAGGAUGGUGGUACUGGGAUUGUAAACCCUCUGGCUUGAACAGAAAAUCCAUGCAAUUUCAUAUCUGUCGGAGUCCGUCCCAAACUAUCUGCACGAAAUCCAAUGGAACUUUGAUGAUGAUAAGACCAAAACAAUGUGUUAAAGCCCUACGCUCGGGUGACAUUGUUGCCGCAGAAAAAAUCAGGGAAGCGCCCACCGCACGAGAUGCCAAAUUCAUUGGUAACAAAGUAGUACCAUCUGAUAGUUGGUUAAAAACCAGAGAACAAGCCAUGGAAGAAAUCCUAUACAAAAAAGCUGCCCAAGUUGAACAUUUUGGAAAGGCGCUUGACAACGCUCCAAAAAACUCGAUUUUUGCCGAAACAACUUAUGACAAUUUUUGGGGCACAGGGCUUGACAAAGUGCAAACCGAACAUACUAGUCCAAGCGAGUGGCCAGGACAAAAUAUUAUGGGAUCAAUCCUACAACGGAUCGCUUCACACACCAAAAAAACCGGAAAACUGGGAAAACAGGCUCCAACAAAGCGGCUUCGAACAAGCGCACUCAAUCAAACUCCAAAUGAGAACAGCAGUUUUGAUUACCCUUCUAUAUGA